AUGGAGCAGAUGAACAUCAGAGAGGAGAUGAGUCAGAGCUCCGGAGCUUCCUGUGGUAAACCUCAGGUGUUCGACUGGUGUCCAGCUCAGCUGCAGCACCUGGAUGUGACCAGCAGGGGGCGACACACUCCGACUGCUGCUGCUUCGUCCGUCCAUCCUCUCCUCCCUCUGCUCCUCUACAGCGACACACACUUCCCCCUGUCAUCCCCCUACAGCCAGCCAAUCAGGGCGCCCGCUGCUGGACGGGACCACGCCCCCUCCGAGACACACCCAUGUUACCACGGCAACGGUGUCACCAGCGGCCGGCAGCAGGUGAAGAAGCCUCUGAACGCUUUCAUGCUCUACAUGAAGGAGACGAGACACAAAGUGCUGCAGGAGGGACGAGAGAGGGAGAGCGCCGCCAUCAACCGCAUCCUGGGACGCAGGUGGCACGCUCUGUCGCACUCAGAACAGUCCAAAUACUACGAGCUGGCCCAGAAGGAGAGGCUGCUUCACAUGCAGCUCUACCCCGGCUGGUCCGCCAGGGACAACUACGGGAAGAGGAAGAGGAAGAGGAGCCAGCAGCACACAGGAAGUAGCCCCAGCUGGACUCUGAGUGCUGCAUGAGAGCCCUGAAGAGACAACAUUACACACACACACACACACACACACACACACACACACACACACACACACACACACACACAGUGAUGAAACUGUAGUUUGGUGUAAAUCUUUCUUUCUUGUUUCACUUUUGUAUUAAAUUAAUAUUUUUUUGUGUCCAACUCAUUAGGAGACGUUGUGGAAAACAUGUUUGUUGCUCAUUAAAGAAAAAUGUAUAUUUCUGUGUGUUAAAUGUGAAUAAAAGAAGACAAACCGG